ACCAAUCACGGUGCUCGUGCUGUGUUGUGCGACCAGGUCAGACGCAAGGCAGCAGCAGCAGAAGAGAUUUCAUCGGGUGAAGAAAAAAAAUAAAGCCUCGCAAAAGGAUUCACUGCAAAAAUAUUAGCAGGAGCAAAUGUCACAACAAAAAUAAAGCGAUAAAAACAGGUCAUGGAAAAAAUGUCCCCAGAAACGGAGUCGAUUCUGCAGGCUUCAUCGUUCAACGUUUCCGAUUGGCAACCGAUUACACUGACUUUGGUAGAAUAUCCUAAAGGAGAUUUACUAGGAAAACUGCUGGCCUGGAUUAGUUUGGCACCGUUAGGUAUUGGUGCCGGCUUCGUGGCACUGAUAUUAUUUCGACGUGAUUUACAUACCAUUGUGUUUUUUAUUGGCACUUUGUUCAACGAAGGUGUCAAUAUAAUUUUGAAACACUGUAUUCAAGAACCUAGACCAGUAAAUCGAUCACAAAUUUGGACUGAAUAUGGAAUGCCUUCUAGUCACUCGCAGUGUAUGUGUUUUUUUGCACAAUACGUACUACUCUUCAUUUUUAUAAGACUGCAUCACAUGAACAAUAAUAACGCUCGAGCAGAGCGAUUAGUGCGAUUGCUUGUCCUAGCCGUAUGCUGGGCAGUGACUUUCCUGGUAUGUUUCGGCAGAGUUUAUCUGCAAUAUCACAGCUUACAGCAGGUGCUGGUCGGUGCUCUAGUUGGAAUGAUUGUCGGAACGCUGUGGUUCCUUCUGACACAUUGUUUCCUGACGCCCUACUUUCCCGUGGUCGUUUCUUGGCGGGUGUCUGAACUUCUGCUGCUACGAGAUACCACUCUGAUUCCGAACAUUCUAUGGUUUGAGUACACUGUCACCCGGCAGGAAGCCCGGGCUCGAGCCCGCAAACUAGUGAGCAUGAAGUCGCAGUGACGUUUCUGGUCCAUUUGAUCGGACCAUUUCAGCUACGCCCGGCGGUAUGUUAAAUAGAAAAUUUACCCCUGCCCGUCGCAGCAACUUUAUAACACAAGUCUGGCGCAGACAAUUACGCAUUACUCUGUACUAGCGUAAGUUUAUCAUGAACACAAUCUCACAUACAUCUUGUAGCUACAGGAAUAAUCGACGCACAGAAACUUAACUUUAGGAACGGAGUUUGCAGCAAAGUCACCUAUCAUGAGUGAAUUCCGAUUGUUUUGGCAUAAUGGCUAUGGGGUUUGGAUGAUCUACGAGUUUCUACUUUUUGUAAUGCUGGUUUGAAUAGUAUAGAGCAGGAUGCAUUUAGGCAAAUGUUUAAAGGCCAUCACUUAGAUUGCAAUAAGGUAAAAGCGAUAAACUAACGAGUCCAUGUUGCUGGCUAUCAAUGAAGAUCUCGAUAAUAUCAUCACCGCUAUUCGUAAAAAAUAACACCGAAUUCGUUUAUUCAACCUGGUUUGAAACGUGAACGGUGUUCAUGUAUACUUGGAGAAUGACAUAUUCAAGGUUAAACUCUACUGAACUACAUGUUCCUUCAAGUGGGAUCAUUGCAUUGUUUCUUGGAAACUUUAAACCUUUUUUUAAAAUUAUCCAAGAAAUUUCAAAAGUUUAUUAUGCCAAAUAAUUCACGAAAUGAUUUACGUUUGUGCGACAAAUCUUUUGCCACCAUAAUACUUUUACAUAGGAAAACAUACGAUUAGUUUACCUGUAAACAUUCCUUGAGAUAAUUGAUGGAAACCGUUUUCCUGAUCAUUGCUUUACUACCUAUAUUACCCCCUCGUUGUACGUCCGUCAUGCGUGUAGACUGUAGAAGUUAACUUGAGAGAAAAUGAUCCCGUUCUAUAAGGCGAUCAUCCUAGGCGAGACUUUAGACAUUUUUGAGCGAAACAAUCACAUCUGUUGUAAUCAAUUAUCGAAUCGUCGGAUUAUCGCAAAGAAUGGCCCCAGGCCGCUAUUCAACACCUUCUGCAAACACAACUAACUAUAAUCAAUAGGGAUAGCCGAAAACAACACGUAGGUAAAGCAGGCUCUUAGUUCGCCCAACAAUAAAAAAAAUAAGACAAGACUUUUAUUCCCUACCGGAGGGAAUCGAAUGCGAUUAUUGUAAAAGUUAUUGAGUGUAGCUGUAAUCCUCAAAAAAAUAGAUCAAAUAAAUGAGACAAUU